AUGGAAGUAAAUCCACUUAAUAUAUUUUUUGUAAAGUCUGACAGUAAAGGGGAUAGGCUUUUAUUUCGAUAUCCAUACACAACUGAAAACAAAGAUGAAAAUAAACAGAAGAAAUGUGGCCGUCACAAUCCAUACGCAGUCAGCUCUGCUGAAGAUCUGCUUCAAAAUUCACAGUCGCAAACCUCUAAUAUAUAUAAAGGUCAAGUAAGUGGUUUCACUGAUGAGAUGUUGUCAACAUUAUUUGCAGUAAAAGCUGAGCUUUGUAAUACAAAAUUUGAACUGAAAGUAAAUGAUGUGAGAUUUGUUGGACAUCCUACUUUAUUACCAUACAAAACUAAUAAAGACAAUUCAGCUGCUCCUAUUAUACUUAUUAACAUUGUGUUUGCAUUACAAGCUUCCGCAAGUCAUUCCAUUGUCAAAUGUUAUUAUGACUUGAGCAUGAGGCUGGGUAAAGCAUUAGAGCUUGAGGAAAAGCGGUGUUAUUAUUUAACCGAGGAAAUGAAAAUUAUGUCAGCAGCACAUGAUGAGGUUUCUGCACUUGACAGUGAAAUAAAUUCUGGUGAAAAUGAUGAUGAUGAAGAAAACUCUCGUCAUUCAGUGAGCUCUGCUACAUACAGUGCUGAUAAUGGAAAUAUAGCACCAAAGUCUGCAUUCCAUCUCAUUUUGCAAAGAAGUUCGCUGGCAAGAUCUAUGAAAGCUGUUUUUGAGGAUUUGAGUAGUACUGGUAUUGUACAAGUUCGUAUAAAUAAGUGGGUGCUUUUAUCUUUCUGCCUGCCACAUAAGGCACAUCAGAUACACAAUAGAGGAUUAAUAAUAGAACCAGAGACAAUAGACAAAUGUGUACAAAAAUUGCGGCCGUAUCAUGGUAUUUUGCUUAUGGUUAAUCCAAAUGAUUUGCUAGCAUCUAUCCCUUUAGAUGGCAGUCCAGAACUUUUAAGGCUUAUAAAAUUAUACAGUCCAUUAAAAAGUCUUCAAACAUUGGCCAUUGAAGCAGACUUGACUCUUACACAGGCUUUCCAAUUGACAGGGCAUCUAGUGUACUGGGCAAAGGCCACAGUGAUAUACCCAUUGUGCGAAGGGAAUGUAUAUGUAGUAGCUCCAGGUGCAAAUAUACACAUAAACUCACCACUUGUGGAUGAAUUUGCUAAGGAGUUUCCUGGACUUUGUUUGUUACAAAUGCUAAGCGACUUCUCGCUGCCGGCGCCGCUGUGGUACGUGUCGCGCGGCGGGUUCAGCGCGUGGGCGCGGCGGCGGCCGGCGCGGCUGCUGGCGUGGCUGCUGCGCCGCCGGCUGCUGCUGCAGCUGCACACCUACGUGCAGUUCAACCCGCCGCCCUGCGCGCACGCCCUGCACUGGCCGAGACAGAAUCAUGAUGGCAAAGAGUAUUUCUGUGAGAAACACGACCUAUACUAUCAACCGAACAACUUCUCCUUCUCAUCUCUCAAUCAUGUGCCAAUAAACAUUCCCGAACCUGUCAAAGCAACAGAUAACAUGAAUGCAUUCCUAGACUCGGACGAAGAUUAUCCCAUCAAAAACUCCAAUCAGACGGACUACUUGCAUACAAAGCCUAUAGUAAUUGAUCCCGACCAGAACAAAUACGACAAAUUCGACGUCGACUCUGCAAACCAUUCUUUCGACGAUGGCAUCGAUGUGGUAGAUGGUUUAAUAAAAACAAACAUAAAUGGAUCUGAUUAUGAUAAAAACCAAAAAAUACAGAAAAAAGUACAGGGCAACUCAGUAGAUAGCGGUAUAUCGAACAACAUGAACAGCAACGGUAUCAAUGGUAGUGAAAACGGUCAUAAUGAUAGCAAAGAAAACGGAGAGAAAACGCUACCAUCGAGACUAUCGGAUUUGUCUCUAAAAGAAUCCGACCAUGCAAAUAGUACGAGUAGUGAUGAAGAUCGACUUGAAAGUGAUGCAGACGUAUCGCCCAGAAUGAAAAAAGCUCAUAGCAAGGGCACAGAAAAGAAAAAUGGGGUUUCGUUGAAUUUGAAAUUGCAAAAUGAAAUGAGCUUCCAGUCGCCGACGGUGUGGAGCGCGCCGACGGGGUGCGGCGCGGCGGGCCCGGCCAUGGACACGUUUUCGCGCUCCGAGCGCGCCGCGCUGGCCGCGCUGCCGGCCGCCGCCUGCCGCGACGACCUGCUGCUGCUCGCCGACCUACACAAGAAGGGGUACUUCCGCGGCGAGCAACACCUAGAAGAAAUAAUGUUCAUGGAAAAUGUAACGAGAUCUCAGUUAAUGCAACUCAUUGAUAAGUUUAAAGAUGUUCUCAUAACGUUUGAAACAGAGGAUCCAGCUGUCGCCAUGUUAUAUCCUUAUCAA